AUGAAGCGUGACCUGGGCCACAACGCCGAACAAGCCGUCGCUCGUGUUGCCCAUGACUUCCAUGCCAGCCGCCUUAUUGAGAAGCUCCGUGGCUCAGUUGGCCCUUCCUUUGCUGGUGCGGACACAAUCUCAGCCCAAGGCGCCGUCCCCGUUAUUAUGACCACCCCUCUGUCCAAGUUUCAGGAAGCCAAGUCUGCUCUUGACAGUAUCUUCCUAGGCCACAACAGAUCCAAGCGCAGCACCAAUGACGCCGUUAUCGGCUUCUACGUUGACGAGGCUGCCAACAAGGUUAUUUUCAAGAUCCUUGCUCACGGCCGUGCGCAGGCCGAGGAUCUGGCCAAGCAGGCCGGUGUUUCAGCCUCCGAGUUUGGCGUAAAGAUCGAGGACGAGAUUCCCACACUCAUGUCUAGCGUCAGGGGUGGUGACAUCUACCACAUUGACAGCAAGCACGCCUACUCUGUUGGCUUCUCGGUCAACGGCGGCUUCAUCUCCGCCGCCCACUGUGUGAAGAAGGGCAUCAAUGUCACAGACAUUGAGGGUAACCUUCUGGGCACCGCCGUCGAAUCUUCCUUUGGUGGCGAGGUGGACUCUAGCUACAUCAAGACUAUUGAUGGCACCAACCUGACCGGCUAUGUCAACAGCUACGGCCAAGCCCAUUUCCACUGCGGCACCAUCACAGCAAAGAAUGUUACCAUCGACUUCGACUUUAGACACCCCAGCACUGGCCUCACAGAGACCGAUGUCUGCGCCGAGCCUGGUGACUCGGGCGGCUCCUUCUUCUCCGGUGAUCAGGCCCAGGGUACUCUUUCUGGAGGCAGCGGCGAGUGCGCCAGAAAUGGUCCAUCGAAGAAGGGCCAACAAUACUUCCCGCCGAUUAACAAGAGUCUCGAGGCCUUCAAUCUAACUCUUAUUACGGCAUAA